AGACCUCUUGCCAAAGGAGUCAUAGUUCCUUCUCUCCCCGGUCUCUGCCUCCUUCUAUCCAGUUGGGCCCUUUCUCUUGUCUGCUUCUCUGGAUGCGCCAGGAACCAUGAGCCGCCAGUUUAGUUCCCAGUCAGCGUUUAGCUCAAGGAGCAGGCGGGUUUACAGCGCUGGCUCCUCUGCGGGCUCCGGUGGUGGGAGUCAGGCUGUGGGGUCUGUGUGCCUGGUCGGAGGGAGGUGUGGCGGUGGUGGGUACGGGAGCCCGGCCAGGGGGUUUGGCUCCAGGAGCCUCUUCAAUCUGGGUGGCAGCAGAAGCAUCUGCUUCAGCCUAGUGGGGAGAAACGCUAGUGGUUUCCGCCAGGGUGGGGGAGCAGGAGGGGGGUUUGGAGGUGGCAGAUGCUUCGGGGGUGGCAGCUUUGUGGGUAGCGGCCUUGGAGGUGGUGGCUUUGGGGGUGGUGGUGCCUUUGGGGGUGGUGGCUUUGGCGGUGCUGGCUAUGGAGGAGGUGGCUUGGGGGGUGCUGUGUUUGGAGGCAGCAAUUUCAGGCUUGGGGGCUUUGGUCCUUCUUGUCCCCCGGGGGGCAUCCAAGAGGUGACCAUUAACCAAAGCCUCUUACAACCACUUCACCUGGAGGUGGACCCUGAAAUUCAGAGGGUUAAGACCCAGGAGCGGGAGCAGAUCAUGGUUCUCAAUAAUAAGUUUGCCUCCUUCAUUGACAAGGUGCGAUUUCUGGAGCAGCAGAAUCAGGUGCUACAAACAAAGUGGGAGCUGCUGCAGCAGGUAAACACGUCCACUAGGACCAACAACCUGGAGCCCAUCUUGGAGAGCUAUAUCAGCAACCUGCGGAGGCAGGUGGAUUUUCUCAAUACGGAGAAGAAGCGCCAGAAUAUGGAGAUCAGGAACAUGCAGGACGCCGUGGAGGACUUCAAGAACAAGUAUGAGGAAGAAGUCAACCGGAGGAACAACAGCGAGAAUGACUUUGUCGUCCUGAAGAAGGAUGUGGAUGCAGCUUAUUUGAACAAAGAGGAUCUGCAGUCCAAGUUGAAUGUUCUGCUUCAGGAGGUCGAUUUCCAGAAUUGUGUAAUUCAAUCGGAGCCGUCUCACAUGUAUACUAAUGUAACGAACACCAAUGUCAUCCUGUCCAUGGACAAUAACCGCUUCCUGGAUCUGGACAGCAUCAUUGAUGCGGUGCGGACGGAGUACGAGCUGAUCACACAGAAGAGCAAGGCUGAGGCUGAGGCGCUAUACCAGACCAAGUACCAGGAGCUCCAGAUCUCAGCGGGAAGACACGGAGAUGAGCUGAAGACCAGCAAGAUGGAGAUCUCGGAGCUCAACCUCACCAUCCAGAGGCUGCAGUCAGAGAUCAGCAACAUCAAGAAGCAGAUCGACCAGAUGCACAUGGCCAUUUCGGAUGCAGAGGAGAGAGGAGAUCGGACCCUCCAGGAUGCGCAGCAGAAGCUGCAGGACAUAGAGGCCGCCCUGCAGCAGUCCAAGGAGGAGAUGACUCGGCUGCUGCGUGACUACCAGGCGCUGCUGGGAGUCAAGCUGGCCCUGGACGUGGAGAUCGCCACCUACCGCAAGCUGCUGGAGGGCGAGGAGUGCAGGAUGUCAGGGGAGCUGCAGAGCCACGUCAGUGUCUCUGUGCACAGCAGCCAAGUGAGCGUCAGCGGAGGGGGCCGAGGCUCUGGAGGUUACAGCGGUAUUUACAGCGGCGGCAGCAGCGGAGGCUACAGCGGCGGCGGCGGCGGCGGCGGCGGGUUCCCUCGGGGGCGCGGGCGGCUCCCGAGGGGGGUGUCCCAGGGGGCAGUGGAGGUGGUUAUGGAAGUGGCAGCGGCGGGAGCUACGGAGGGAGCAGCAGAGGCAGCAGCAGAGGCAGCAGCAAAGGCAGCAGCAAGUACCAGGGCAGAAGCGGCGGCGGCUCCUCCCCCGUGCAGAUCAUCCAAACGUCUACCAACACGACCCACAGGCGAAUCCUGGAGUAGAGGCCACGGCUUCUGCGACAGAGGGGCCUCUUGGCUCACAGGCCCUCACAAGGCAGAGCUCUCUCCUGUGCCCUCCCGCAUGUCCCUCUUGACCCCUCUCACUUACCUUUUCACGAUGGGUCUCAGCAAUUUUGCCACUCUCCAUAGGGAAGCAGGUGCAUAACCCCAAACAGCAGAUCUCUCUUUGGAGGGCACUGGCUGGCAGUCAAAACACCGCCUGUACAUUCUCAACUCAGACUCCACUCAGCUGGCCCUUCUUCUGUCCCUGGAGAUACCCAGGGGUCCAGUUUAGCCAUGGAAAAGAAGAGCCUGUAGAGCGUCUGCAAGGUGGAUAAUGGAGAGUUGGUGCCAGGAACACCAGGUUUCUCACUCCCAGGCUCCGUCCUUUUCCUGGAUCUGGGCUACUCUGUGAACAAUAACCUAGCCCUUAGGGAACCUGCAAAAUGAGACCUUUGGGCGAGUGGUUGAUGACAAGGCAAGCUAGCUUGGCAAGGAGAACCUCUGUAUCAGGGACCGAUUCUUGCCUCUUGGUCUGUAGCCUCACACUUUAUUAUUAAUGGAGAGUAUGGAUAUACUGCCCACAUCAGACACCUGUAAGUCCUGUCUGGUCUUGAUUCUGGGUCUCUGUCUUAAGACAUUAAUAAGCAUUAUCCUCUGGGUUUAUAGCCCAAGGUGGAGGUAUUCAGAGACCAAGAGUCCUUGUUCAUGGGGAGGAUCGUAAUUAACGGCGAGUGGAAGAGGUGAUGGACAGCAAUCCAGUUCUGUUCUGUCCUACCCCUCCUGCCAGCGCCAUUCUUUGCAAGUGUGGCCCCUCCUGAACUCUGCUCCAUACAAGCCCUUGAGAAUUGUCCAACAGGCUGGGUGUGUGCAGCCCAGCACUGCUCUAUCCAGGUGCCCAGGUCCUGAGGAAUCUGAGAAUUAGACUUGGAUCUGAACCAGUCUGCAAGCUGCCUGUUGUUUGCAAGGUAGCUUAAUGCUCUUUCCCAGAUGAUGAAGUCCCUUCUGCCUCUUGAUCUCUGUUAUGCUGAGCACUUUCUGAGAAUGUGACUCUUUAUUUGGGGUCUCACAUAAGAUGCUUGAGAUGUGCUCAAGGGGGACAGGAAGGACAGCCAAUGAACGGGGGGACCUUGUGGGCCCUAAGAGAGGAAAGGUGGCUUUGCUUCUAAGACCUGAAGUUGCCUCCACUUGCUUGCUGAGUCCCAACACAGUGUGCAUGGCGUGAUUCUCUUGGGGCAGCUCCUGGGCUGAGCCUGGGUCCUCUGGAGAGUGCUGUGACUCAUCAUUUCCUGGUUGAAGUUUGUACCUUGAAGGGAUCGCCAUUUCUGUUGUUUCUACAGUAAAUUUCCUGUGAUCUCAAA